AUGAUUCUGCGGGGUCUCUCCGCGGAGGCUUGCUUGUUGACUACCCAUGAUCGCGCCGAUCUCGUCUGCUCGGCAGCAACUGAGCAGGUAGAGAUCCACACCCGGAGAGUCAUGUCUUGCAGCCGACGUACACUUCUUCUGUGUACAUCUAGCCACCGUCGCGCAACGGCGGUGGUUCUGUUGCGUUCCGUUGUUGCUGCGGGUCGAUCGUCGUCAACAACAGCAGCAGCAGCAACACCAACAGCACCGCCUGCGGACAAGAACGUUGCUGCUGCAGCAGCACCGAAUGCAGCGGGGAAGGAAGGGCCAUCCGAGAAGGCGGCGGCGGCAAAGAAGCGCCUGGAUGAAAAUGAGAGCGUUUUCUCCAAGCACGGCGGCAAGAUGGUGCUAGGAUUCAUUGGGGCCCUGGGGUUGUGGUUUCUACGCAGCCAUCUCGGAGGCAAGGCUCUGGAUGCCGUCAAAGACCAGGUGGAGGAGGCGUGUCCCCUAGAACCGGUGGAGGUAGAAGAGCUAAGGUGCUCCAACGACUUCCCUCCAGAUGUGUUCGACAAGGUCUUGGACAGCGUGCGGAGGGCCUUUCCAUCCGGGAGGGCUACCUACCCGGAGUUCGCACGCCACGUAACGUCGAGCGGGCUGUUGCCGGAGCCGAUGUCGAUGGGGUUUCUGCUGGAUAGGAUGGUGCUGACAGCCGCCGCCCACCGCGGGAUUCUAGGCGCUGCGGCGAGGGGAGAAACCCCACAUUCCGGCGGGAGCUCGGGCGAAGGGGGGGUGGAGGGGUGGGCCAGCAUUAGUGCGGAUGCCGUGGAGUUGGAGGUAGAUUUUCUUAUGGUGGCGUUUUCUGCCGCUGUAAACACAAGACCAGCGGAGCGUACACGGCAGCUGUGGGAUAUGGCGCAAGGGCGGUCUAUGGGGGCAACGGACAGGGGGCAGGACCAGGACACUGACGAAGCGACGCUCCUACCGGCCUCGAAGGCAAUAUCGUUGGUCGGAAUGCUCAUGGCCUCCCACCAGCUCCCGUCGGGAAGGUACGCCGUAAAGGACGAGAGUCGGGUCUGGCCCGUGCAGCAGUACCGGUUGGCCUCUGGGAGAGACGCCUUCCUCGAGGGCCUCCUGUCCCUCCACGAGGACGAGGAGAAGAGGACUAAGGGAUGGAUAGAGCGGAAGCUCGCGCCGGCGUACGACCCAGCGCAGGAGGAGCAAAUAUCGUUCGAGCUGUUCGAGCGAGUUUUGAGGAGCGGUCCGGUGUGCGCAUGGGGGGAGUGCCUUGGCAUCCGAAACCGCGACAAACUCUGAGUACCAAAGUCUUGUUCUGAUGGCGAACUCAUAGUCGUGCAUG